AUGUCGCGGCCCGCCACAGUGACCUGGUGCCCGUGUCUGUGGCUUUUGCUGCUGUCGGCGGCCGCGGCGUGGCCGUCCGCCGUCCGGCAGCGGACCGGCGCCCACGAGCGCAUCGUCGGCGGCCACGAGGCCAGCAUCGCCGACCACCCCUGGCAGCUGGCCUUCGAGCUCGGCGGCGACCAGCGGUGCGGCGCGUCGCUCAUCGGCCCCUCCUGGGCGCUGACCGCCGGCCACUGCGUCGAGGACGUCCAGCUGUACUACUUGGCGCUCCGGGUCAACGGAUCCUUCACGCUGGGUCCCAAUGUACAGUUAGUGGGACUUCCAGCUGAGGGCUACGACCCUCCGAGUGGGCUGCAUGUGACGGUCAGUGGCUGGGGUUACCAGCACAGCGGGAGCGGCUCGUCCAGUACACUGCAGGCGGUAGACAUCAACGUGGUGGACCGCGAGACAUGCCGCAAGGUGUUCGUCGCUGUGAAUGUCGUGACGGAGCGCAUGACCUGCUCUGGGGAGUUCACGCGUGGCGUGUGUAUCGACGACUCGGGUGGCCCACUGGUCAACAGUGGAACGCAGGUGGGCAUCGUCUCGUGGGGGUUCGGCACCUGCGAAGUCGGCCUCUCCGUCCAGACCAAUGUCGGCUAUCUGAGGGCCUGGGUCCGAGACACCGCCGGCAUCUAG